AAAGAAAGUUUAUUACCGAAACAUGUCCAUGCUGAUGAGGAGUUUGCCAUGGAAGACUCCAGCUGAGAGAGAGGAGAAUGUUAACAAGGGUUUGGAAUAUGCCAGAAAUGCCCUCAAGCUGGAUAUGAGUGAUGGCCAUUCAUGGCUUGUCCUUGGUAAUGCAUAUCUGGCUUCAUUCUUCAGUGUGGACUCAAAGCUUGAGUCACUGAAGAACUGCAAAGCAGCUUAUAUCAAGGCAGCCAAUGAUCCUCUUGCUGCUGUGCUUCCAGAACUACAUUUCAGCACAUUUCAUGUUCAGUGGUAUGAAGAAGACUAUGCUGGUGCCCUCAAUAGCCUCCUGCAGGCAUACAAGUUGGAGCCCACUUGGAUCGAGUGCAAGAGCAAGUUUGACGAGUGCCGCCGCUUCCUAAACAAGCUGGCCCAGAUGGUGAAGAGUAAGGGUCAGCUCAACCAGAGGAGGCUCAUGGGAUUCAUAGGGGACAUUAACAACAGUCAGCUGGGACCCUAUGACAAAGGAGGAACCAAACUGAGUGGAGGCAGAAAACCAGACCUUGUUCCUCUGGCUUUAUUAGGUGAAGGUAGUAACCAGGAUAAGAUAAUUUUAGGUAAGGUUGUGUGCACCGUGAUCCCUGACUCAGGCAUUCCUUUCUCCUUCUGCCUGGUGGACAAAGACAGUUCAUGCAUUGCUGUCACUGUCUAUAAUUGGGCCAGUGGCUGUGGGGUCAAGAUUGGAGAUUCUGUUGCGGUUCUGGCGCCUGUCCUGAAGACUCAUGUGGUUCAGGUGCCCGAAGGGGAGAAGCUGGAGUUCCGAUCUGUGCGCGUGGCCCUUCCACUGAUGCUGGUCGUCAACAAACGAUCGGUGGGCAUCAGCCAAGUUGCCACAUCCCAGAUUAUCUCCCAGCAGAAACCAGAGUAACCAAUUUCUUAGACAAGCUAGCUAGAAGCCUUUGCAUUCCCAAGUGACAGGUUACUUAAGAGGCAUUUGUAAUGUGAAGCUGCUGCAUUCCCAAGCAAUUGGUCACAUGAAGGCCUAUGCCUUCUCAAGUGACCUUUUUUUUUUUUUUUUAAGGGCGUUUGCAUAUAGAGUGACCAAUCCUGUAAGAGACAUUUGCAUUACCAUGUAACUGGUUACAUAGUCAUUUGGAUGCGUAAGUGAUCAGUUUGCUCAGAUGAUAUUGCAUUUUCAUUUCUGAUAUAUUCUUGAAGAAUAGGAAAACUUAACCCUUUAACUGCAGAAUUGAAUUAUAAGGCCCUUCCAGUAAUAAUGUCAAUUAUCCUCCAGAAAAUAGAAUUUGCAAUUUCUGCUCCUUCAAUACAUUUUCAGUAUGUCUUGUAGGUACUAUUUUCAUAUAUGCCACAAAAAUGAUGAAAUAUGUGAUUUUUUUUUUUUUUUUUUUGAAUUGUCUUUCAUAAUAGUGUUAUAACUGGUGUUUAUAAAAAAAAUUGGAAACAUUCCCAAAAACUAAAACCCAAAGACACCAUGUACUGGGUUGGCAAGAGGCAGCAAUGUUUAGAAGUCAGCAAGUUUGUGCUGCUUCUCGCAGCAUUAGUUUCUUUUAUAAGGCCAUGGAGUAACUCUGCUUUCUGCAAUUAAUAAUAUUUUGGGCAGUUAUAUCAUAUAGCAGUCAAAGGGUUAAAACGUGAACUAAUUUUCUCUUGUGAAAAGUUGCUUGGUGGAAAUUUGGAUACUUAUUAGAUAAGGUUUCUAUCUACUGUGGUUUUUAGGAAUAUUUUCAUAAUGAUCUCUGCUGCAAUAAAUUGAAUAAGUGAUUUUGA